CGUUCACCCAAGUAGCCCCGAACCCCAAAACCCCCAAGUCCACGGGCGCCGAGGACGCUGCGAGUCCUGCGCAUGCGCAAGGUUGCUCGCUCGCUCGCCGCCUCCCUGGCGAAUGGCCUGUUCCAUUCUCGAGGGAUGCCAGCGGGAGGGAGGGCCAGGUACGGAAGCCAGAGGGCUCCGCCCACCGCCACGGGGCCCCGCCCCGCCUCGCCCCGCCGCCCUCAACCCUCAAGUUCUCCAGCCCCGGGCGCCGCCAGGCACUUCCUCCUCCUCUCCGCCCCGCCGGCCGCGGGCGCGGGGGACGUCAGCGCUGCCAGCGUGGAAAGAGCGGCGGGGCGCGGGAGGAGGAAGUAGAGCCCGGGACCGCCGGGCCACCACCGGACGCCUCAGCCAUGGACGCGUCCCUGGAGAAGAAUCCUUGCCCGGAGUCCAGCGCCUCCUUCCUGUCCAGGAUCACCUUCUGGUGGAUCACAGGGUUGAUUGUCCGGGGCUACCGCCAGCCCCUGGAGGGCAGCGACCUCUGGUCCUUAAACAAGGAGGACACGUCGGAACAAGUCGUGCCUGUUUUGGUAAAGAACUGGAAGAAGGAAUGUGCCAAGACUAGGAAGCAGCCGGUGAAGGUCGUGUACUCCUCCAAGGAUCCUGCCCAGCCGAAAGAGAGUUCCAAGGUGGAUGCGAAUGAGGAGGUGGAGGCUUUGAUUGUCAAGUCCCCACAGGAGUGGAACCCCUCCCUGUCUAAGGUGUUAUACAAGACCUUUGGGCCCUACUUCCUCAUGAGCCUCUUCUUGAAGGCCAUCCACCACCUGAUGAUGUUUUCCGGGCGGCAGAUCUUAAAGUUGCUCAUCAAGUUUGUGAAUGACACGAAGGCCCCAGACUGGCAGGGCUACUUCUACACCGUGCUGCUGUUCAUCACUGCCUGCCUGCAGACCCUCGUGCUGCACCAGUACUUCCACAUCUGCUUCGUCAGUGGCAUGAGGAUCAAGACCGCUGUCAUUGGGGCUGUCUGUCGGAAGGCCCUGGUGAUCACCAAUUCAGCCAGAAAAUCCUCCACGGUCGGGGAGAUCGUCAACCUCAUGUCUGUGGACGCUCAGAGGUUCAUGGACUUGGAGUACAUUAACAUGAUCUGGUCAGCCCCCCUGCAAGUCAUCCUUGCUCUCUACCUCCUGUGGCUGAACCUGGGCCCUUCUGUCUUCGCUGGAGUGGUGGUGAUGGUCAUCAUGGUGCCCGUCAAUGCUGUGAUGGCAAUGAAGACCAAGAUAUAUCAGGUGGCCCACAUGAAGAGCAAAGACAAUCGGAUCAAGCUGAUGAACGAAAUUCUCAAUGGGAUCAAAGUGCUAAAGCUUUAUGCCUGGGAGCUGGCAUUCAAGGACAAGGUGCUGGCCAUCAGGCAGGAGGAGCUGAAGGUGCUGAAGAAGUCUGCCUACCUGUCAGCCGUGGGCACCUUCACCUGGGUCUGCACGCCCUUCCUGGUGGCCCCGUGCACAUUUGCCGUCUACGUGACCAUUGACAAGAACAACAUCCUGGAUGCCCAGACAGCCUUCGUGUCUUUGGCCUUGUUCAACAUCCUCCGGUUUCCCCUGAACAUUCUCCCCAUGGUCAUCAGCAGCAUCGUGCAGGCGAGUGUCUCCCUCAAACGCCUGAGGAUCUUUCUCUCCCAUGAGGAGCUGGAACCUGACAGCAUCGAGCGACGGCCUGUCAAAGACA